UCCACUCGUUUAGAGCCCGGUGUGUUUUCUGAGAGACCCCAAUUAAUUGCUCUCAAACCAGAAGCCCCGUACAGCCUGAAGUCUCAGUGCAGACCGAGAGGAUUCUCUCAUUCAAAUGUAUUUAUUUCUCUCUUUCCAAGCUCUUCAUCCCCUGCAACUGAAAAGAUGUCUUACCAGAAGACCCAGCCCACACCCCAGCCCCCAGUAGGCUGUGUCAAGGUCUCCGGCGGCGGCGGCGGCGGCGGUGGCUCCGGUGGCGGUGGCGGUGGCUCCGGCUGCGGCGGCGGUAGCUCCGGCUGCGGCGGCAGUAGCAGCAGUGGCGGCGGCGGCUACUGCUACCCCAGCGGCGGUGGCUCAGGUGGCGGUGGAUCCAGCUGUGGUGGCGGUAGCGGCGGCGGUAGCAGCGGAGGCUACUGCUACUCCAGCGGUGGCGGCGGAGGCGGCGGCUCCUCCAGCUGUGGUGGCGGUGGCUCCGGCGGUGGCGGUGGCUCCUCCUACUAUCCCAGCCAACAGAAGUACUCCGGAAGCAGCGGUGGCGGCGGCGGCGGCAGUGGGGGCGGCUCCAGCUGCGGCGGCGGCGGCGGCGGCUACUCCGGCGGCGGGGGCUCCAGCUGCGGCGGCGGCGGCGGCGGCGGCUACUCCGGCGGCGGAGGCUCCAGCUGCGGCGGAGGCUACUCCGGCGGCGGAGGCUCCAGCUGCGGCGGAGGCUACUCUGGCGGCGGCGGCUCCAGCUGCGGCGGCGGAGGCUCUAGCGGCGGCGGCUCCAGCUGCGGAGGUGGCUCUGGCGGUGGCUACUACUCGGGCGGCGGCGGCAGCUCCGGCGGCGGCGGCUACUCUUCUCAGCAGUGCGCCCAAGCCCCAUCCCAGCAGAGCAGCGGAGGGGGAUCAUACGGGGGCGGCUCCUCCGGCUGCGGCGGCGGCGGCAGCUACGGCGGCGGCUCCUCCUCCGGCUGCGGCGGCGGCUCCGGCGGUGGUUCCAGCGGUGGUGGCUGCGUCUACCCCAGCGGCGGCGGCGGCGGCUCCUCUGGCUGCGGCGGCGGCGGCGGCUCCUCCUCCGGCUGCGGUGGCGGCUCCGGCGGAGGUUCCAGCGGUGGUGGCUGCGUCUACCCCAGCGGCGGCGGCGGCGGCUCCUCUGGCUGCGGAGGUGGCUCCUCCGGGGGCAGCGGCGGAGGCUCCUCCGGAGGUGGCAAGGGAGUGCCCGUGGCCCACCAGACCCAGCAGAAGCAGGCACCUUGCUGGCCAACCAAGUAAACCACCCUGCCCAGCACCCAGAGGAAUGAGCAAAAAGUUUGCUCCUGCUGUGGCCUAAAAAAGGUUUACAAUUCUCAUGAUAUUGCCUUAAGUUUUACCAAAUGCCUUCAAUUCUUCCCCCACCCCCUAAAAUGAAAGGUUCUCCUUUCAACUGCCCCUUAACCUCAAUGGCAGCUUCAGCACCUGUGUCUUAUUCUCCGGAAUAUUUCACCUGACUGGGAAAUGUCAUCAUCCUGUCCACAGGUCCCUCGACCUCUUCACCCUAGUAUCUGUACCACCAUCUUCCUGUUUUGUCCUAAGCUAAUAAACUUGCGAUU